AUGGUUCUUGUGACAGCUGAAAAACAAGAAAAAACAAUUGAUGCUCAUAGUUUUCAAGAAUGCAUCAUGAUGGAAAAACAACGUACACAAUGCAGAAUGAAAUGGAUCAUUGGCAUACAAAUCUGCAUUAUCAUAUUUGUUUUACUUCUUGCUGGGCUAUUUCACAUGAUUUGCUAUCGCCAUAUGAAGAUAGAGCAACAUUUUACUACCAAUAUUGCAAACAUUAGUAAAUGUACCCCGGAGCAAAACGUUAGUAAACCUACGCCGAAGCAAAACAUUGUAAGUCUUUAUGCAUUCGAUCCUCUAGCACGUAAAUUUUGCUUCGUCGAUGGAGAAUAUGGCGGUGUUAUUUUAAAUUGGACUGUUUAUAAUCGACGAAGUGAUAUUGAUUUUAAUGCUCAUAAUAAAGACAAUUUUACCGUCGGUAUAGAAGGUAGAAUGGUUGGCACGAUUAUCGAUUUAGGUUCAAGUGAAGAUCUUCAACGGCGAUAUCAAUAUCGAGAAACAGUUGGAAAUGGACAAGGAUUUGCAUCGAUACAUCGACAAAAUACGACAUUGCUCAUUCGAAAGGGUGCUCAAUACACGGAAAAUGCUUUUCAACCGAUGAUGGAAUCUGAUGAAUUUUUUCAACACGAAAAAUCAGGAGCAACAGUAACUGUUAAACUUGGUCAUAUUUAUGUUCUUCGAAUAACAGAUCGUUUUACGCCGACUUUUGAGCUAAUUGUCAAAAUGCUAGUUAUUGCCUUUGAACCGAAUGUAUCAGUUACUAUCCGAUGGGAAGUUCUACCAUAA